CUGAUGCUUUCUCCGGAGGAAAAAGGAGAGUUUGUGGAUUCGAUCAAUGCGCUAACAACCAUCGCGUACUCGUUUCUGCAACAGCAACAAGGACAAGCUGAAACGUAUGGACAAGCAGAGGGUCAUGGUCAAUCGACGUCCAAAGAGGGAGAAGGCCGUCUUAGUAGGAGAAAAGAAAAUAAAAAGAAAAAGUUGACGAAGAAGAGGAACCUGAGGCAGAGACCCAUUUCAGACAAGUUCACAUCGUCAACAGUGACAAAGCGAUUGGAUAACCUGUUAUGAUCACUCAGUGUCUCACUCAUCUCUUUGGGCGUCUCGCUAGCCUUCCUGCAGGAAAAGCAUGAAAAUAGGAAAGACUGCGGGAUGGAGUGCCUUGACAGAGAUAGAAUGAAGCACGUUCAUCUUCUAAGCCGAGAAAAAUUUUUGUUCGGAAGCGUGGGCGGGAAUUACGAUACCGGAGUAAAAGGGGUCGCACGCGUAGACGAGUGGUGCCCUAAGACGACCGAGAAUCCAGAGGCAGAGCAGGUCUGCUUUACGAUUUUACUUCAAUGCUAAAACACGUAUUUAGAAGUUUAGUUUUCAGAGAUCAUAUUGUGUUGCAAUCUAAGAAUGAGCUAGGAAAUGACCCAUUUCUGUCUCUGCAUAGACUGGGUACGGACGAGAAGUGUUCCCUUGAUACCUCUAGACUGGGCACGCUGCUACUACUGUACUGCCUCCUUGCCAGCAAGUUACGCCCUUGGAUCGACGUUGCAUUGGGUGUAAAAUAGGAAAAUUAUCUUUAGAAGUGACGUUUUUUGACAUCUUUCAUAAAAACGGUGGCAGACCUGUUCAAAGCGCUGCAGGAAAAGACUGUCGAUAAGGACGGUUUCACCACGACCCCUGUACAGGAGAAUUUUUCUUUAACUAUUUAACUAGGACGGUUUUCCUACGACCCCUGUACAGGGGAAUUUUCCUUUAACUACUUAAGUAAGUAAGUAACUAACUAACUAACUAACUAACUAGCUAGAAGAUAAGAGUCUGACUGAUGUUGAAGUUGGUAUAUAUUAUGAAUAUGAUUGGAUACUGUAGCUGACAUAAGGCAACGAGCUAUAUUCUGUGUCAUGGGAGAUAAUACCUCUAUUAUCUUUCAGCCCCUGUCUUUGUAUAGCAUCCUUCUUGUGUUGUACCCCUACCCCCGACCGCUUUCUGAAGUGAGUUCACGUCAGAAACGGUUUCCUGCUGUCUGGCGCAUCAUGGCCAGCCUUCAUCAAUUGACUAGCAGACGAAUUGAC